AUGGGCAAAAAUAUUGAAUAAGAAGAAGGGGAAAGGAAAUAGACCAAAGAGCAGGUUUUGACUAUAAAAAAGACUAGAAUUAUAAAAAUAGGCCAAUCAUUAAGGAAACUAGUGACCCUGGAUUAAAAACAAAUUAAGAAGGCAAUAAAUGCUAUAUUGAAAUACAGAGAAUCCACUCAUACUGCAAAUAUCCUUGACAUCAAAGAUGACUUUAUUUAUUUAGAAAUUGUAUUGAACAAAUAACCGAUCAGGUAUUCAUUGAGGCCUGUGUAAAUAAAAUUACCAAAUACAAUUUACAAUUAGGAAAUGAAUUCUAAAUUCUGUAUAAUAAGCACAAAUCCUUAAAGAUAGUUCAAAGAUUAAAUUUGCGAAUUUGAUAUUCCUUUAAUUUAAAAGGUAAUUGGAUAUAGUAAAUUGAACAAAAAAUACCCCAACUUACACAGAUAAGAGAAAACUACUUUAUCAAUAUGA